GGUUCAGACUGGAGGAGGAAUGGCGGCCCCUCGGAGUUUCUUCGCCUCUCUCUGCGCCUUAUUCCUGCUUUUAUAUUUCUGUGGUGGAUCUAUGACAUCCGGCGGCAGGAGGACGAACCAGGACCGCUGCGGCUUCAAGGUGCAGUCUGGCGCAGACGGAGGUCGCCGGCUGGCCGUCAACUUCAGGACUGACAAUUGUUCAUUAAACUACCCUCUGGGAAAACACGUGAUCCACGAAGUCGCCAACGUUUCCUUCAGUCACCUGGCCUGUGAGGAUCAAGCCGCUGUGGUCGUCCACUGGUCUGCAAGUCCGCUAGGAAUCGAACACAUCCGAGGCUUCAGAGUGUAUCUGGAGGACAAGAAUCCGGAGGGGAAGCAGUGUCAGCACCUCAUCCUGAAAGACCCGCGGCAGCUCAACUUCUCCUACAGGACCACGAAGCUGAACAGUCAGCCGUUCAGCGGUUUGACCUUUGACACCGACUACAUGGUCCGAGUGGUUCCUUUCCCGUCUCUGAUGAACGAGAGUUUCUUCCCUCCAUCUUUCCUCAGAACCAACUCGUGUGAAGUCCUGCUGGGAUCUGACAACCUGGUGUGCCGGCCCUUCUGGAAACCGAAGACGCUGAACGUGUCUCAGCUGGGGUCGAACCUCCACGUGACCUUCGACCAGGCUCCGCCCUCCUUCGGCUUCCUCUUCUACUACCUGUACUACAAACUGCGGCAGGACGGACCGUUCAGGCUGCAGCGAUGCAAGCCUGAUCUGAACCAGCUCAGAACAACAUGCAUCCUCCAGGACGUCACUCCAGGGACCUACACUAUAGAGCUGAGAGACGACAGCAACACGACCAGGAGGCAGACGCAGUACCACGUCAGCCAAGUGCACUCCCCGUGGGCGGGGCCUAUCCGGGCCAUGGCCAUCACCGUGCCGCUGGUCAUCAUGUCGGCCUUCGCCACGCUCUUCACCGUCAUGUGUCGCAAGAAGCAGCAGGAGAACAUCUACAGUCAGCUGGAUGAGGAGAGCAGCGAGUCGUCCAAUCACAGCGCCGCGCUGAACGCCGAGCGCCCGUGGCCCCGCCCCAAAGUCUUCAUCUGCUACUCCAGCAGGGUGUCCCAACACACCGGCGUCAUCCAGAGCUUCGCCUACUUCCUGCAGGACUUCUGCAACUGCGAGGUGGUGCUCGACCUGUGGGAGCACCUGGAGAUGUGCAAGGAGGGCCAGAUGUCGUGGCUGAGCAGGCAGCUGGACGACGCCAACUUCAUCAUCACCGUCUGCUCCAAGGGACUACGCUACUUUGUGGAGAAGAAGAGCCGGCGGGGGAAGACGCCGGUCAGCCGGCGCUCUACCGGCAGCAGCAGCUCUCCGGCCGGAGCGUCCGGCGGCGACAUGUUCAUCGUGGGCGUGGCCAUGAUCGCCGAGAAGCUGCGGCUGGCGAAGCAGAUGGAAGGGGGCGCAGCUCAGGAGUUGAGCCGCUACAUGACGGUGUACUUCGACUACUCGACGGAGAGCGACAUCCCCACCAUGCUGAGCCUUGCUCCCAGGUUCAAGCUGAUGGACCAGCUGCCCCAGCUCUUCAGCCGCCUCCACUCGGGGCAGUCCGGCCUGUCGGACCGCGAGCCGCCGCCGCUCAACGUGUCCCGCCGGAACUACUUCAGGAGCAAGUCCGGGCGCUCGCUCUACGUCUCCAUCUGCAACAUGCACCAGCACAUCAGCCAGAACCCCGACUGGUUCGAGAAGCAGCUGGCCCCCGCCGCACCCGAGGACCCCUCCUCCACACACCCUCUUCUCCCCGCCGCGCCCGGCCCCGCUCCCAGGCCCGCCUGCGCCGAGCAGCGGUUCGACUCCGGCCUGGUGCUGAACGAGGUGGCGGUGAGGACGCCGCCUCUGGAGGGAGUGGAGGGAGCGCCCAGGAGGAACCUGCUCCUCCUGGCUCCGGGCUCCGGGCCCAGCCUGGACCUCAGCCCCAGUCCCAGUCCUGACCCCAGCCCCGGUCCUGACUCCAGUCCCAGUCCCAGUCCCAGUCCCAGUCCCAGUCCCAGUCCUGGUCCCAGGCCUGAUGCCAGUCCAGGGCCCAGUCCAGGUGUCUGUCCCAGUCCCGGUCUGCCACACUGCUCCAUGUCCCUGAUGGCCGCCAGUUCCAGGGCCACCUCAGGGUCCACCUCUGGGAUCUCUGGACUUUCCCCGGAGGAGUCGUCGUCUUCGGCGCCAUCCGUGAGUCCCGCCUCCGUCCAGGCCGCGCCGCCAGAGGCCCCGCCCCCCCGUGACUCCGGCAUCUACGACUCGUCGGUGCCGUCGUCGGAGCUGUCCAUCCCCCUGAUGGAGGGGCUGUCACAUGACCAGGCUGACUCCUCCUCCCUGGCUGAGAGCGAGUCGUCGUCCUCCGGCCUCGGCGACGAGGAGCCGCCUGCCGUCGUGUCGCUUCACUGCGCCGCCGCCGCCGCUGCCGCUGCCGCCACCGUCUGCAAAGCUGAGCUGCACCAUCAUCACCAUCAUCAUCAUCACCACCACCAUCACCACCUGGAGCACGGCGACGCGCUGGCGCCGGUCGCCUCGUCGUAGGAAGAGACCGCCGGCCAAUCACAACGGGACGGGCCACAGAUGGAGCCAUCGUCAUGGAAACUGAACCAACAGAGCCGGUUAUACGAAGAGUUGUAAAUCUGCCGUUGUCGGCAACGCUGUUUCAUCUCAGAGGGCUGACUUUUCCAGUAGCCUACUCCUUCUUGGUAACUAUGGCAACCACUAUGACUCUUUUUGAAAAGGCGUCUCUGAUCCCUGUUAGCUUCAUGAAGAGCUCCUCCAGCAAGCAGGAGUUUAGUGAGAUAGUCACGGAGCCAGUGCUAAUGCUAAUACUGCACACCGCAGAGGUAGCUAUGGCAACCACUGACUUCAGCGGUAACCAUGGAAACCACUGAGCUGUAUUUGCAGUUACCGUGGUAACUGCUGACCCCUUGAACAAUCUCCCCGGUAACCACUUAGUUCUACAAAUGUAACCAUGGCAACCGGAGCGCUGCGGGACCGCCUGGCUUCGUCUGUGGAGCGUGGAUCGACCCGUUCGGGAGGACUGCUUCACGAAGACCGCCGCCCAGACGCCGCGUGCCGAUUGGUCGCUCGCUCGCCAGCCGACCCGUGCGUGACUUGAUGUUCGGUACCAGAAUAUGAAGCUGAAAAAACUAUUCAGCACUUUUGGAAGCACGAAUGUGAGAAGAAGCAACUUUUAUCUGUUGAAGUUAUUGAUGUAAUUUCAUAAUUUAGGACAAAAUCCACCUUCAAACUCAUUUUGAAAACAAAAAAUAAAAACAGAAAAGCCACGAGCAUGCCGUUAUUUAAAGACCCCACGAAAAAGGUUAAAUAUUUAACCUUUGGCCACAUUUUUACUCUCAUGUAAGGAUUCAUAUUUAUGUGUAAAAAUCUGUGAACUCAGGUUACAAACACAAAAACAGACUAAAGAAAGCUAAACCGAGUUUCAAACCUGUCUCCAAACAAGAUGCAAUGAUCUAGAAUUGGCAUAAUUAAAGUAUAAAUAUCACACGAAAAGGUCUUAAUAAUGAGAAGGUUUGACACAAAUUACUUAAAAGACACAAUGGCAGAAACUAAAAGACUGACCUUGUCAAAAAAGAAACUGAAUGAUCUUUUUUUUAUGUAUUAUGAGACAAUUUUGUGAGAGAAACUGUAAAUCUGAGGAUGAAAUUAACAUAUAUUUGAACUCUAGAAGCUAAAUCUUUAAUUUGUUAAACCAAAUAACAAAGAUUUGUCAUCAUUUUAUGUUUUCUAAUAUCUUUCAAAUGUUAAAGAAAAGGUUUUUCAAAAAGCAGAACAAAACAGCUUUAUUAUUUCAGUAAAAGUGACAAAGAGAAAAUGUGGAAUAUGAGCGAGUAAUGACUGAAUUACUUGAAAACAAACCUGAGGAGGCAUAAAAUGUAUUUGAAAUUGUUUUGCAAGAAAAAAAACAGACAGUAGAAUGAUUUCAAAGCGAAGCUGCGGAGACUCCUUCCUCCUGUCAAACUGGAUCAAUAAACACAUUCAAACACUUGAAGUUGACCAGUCAUAAACCUUUCAUUUCUGUGAUUUUCCUGAUUGAAGUCGACUUCUUCUGCAUGUUUGAGUUUCUUUUGAGAGACGAUGAAGCAUUUCCUACAUGUAAAUAAUAUUUGUGUAUUUUUCCUGGAAAUGUCUCUUACACUUUUUGUAUAGGUAGACUCCUAUUUUUGUAUUUUUUUCUACUUGUUACCUUCUGAAUUGUACUGUUUUAUAGUACCUUAAUGUAGGAAAUCAAUAAAAGCAUCUACUGAA